UUCCGUCUUCGAAUACGAAUUGUCCCCGCCACCCCGUCGUCGCAUUCGUCAGAAAAGCCAAUAAAUAUUCAAUAACGGCCGCCCUGGCUGUAGUUAUUUAGGUACUUAACUGCUUUGUCGCCAUUCUUGUCUUGCGAUAAUUGAAGGCCUAUUUUUUUGCAUCCUAUCCCUCAUGGCGCACCAGGCGCACGCUCUGCCCUGGCAGACCCUCACUGACAAUUUCAAAUUCGUCCAUGCCAACACACGAUUCUUGGGAAGGACAAACCUAUACCCCAGGUCCAAACCUGGGCAGGCAAAACAGCUACAGCAUUUCGCAAGAGUUUUUGCACGCGUGAUAGACGAAUACUCAGCAAUCGAGCGUAAGAAGUAUGGCGAUGAGCAUACUCCACCAGAAAGCGGAGACGAAGUGGUUAUUUCCGAUGAAACCAUGAAGAAGAUCCACAACGUUGUUAAGGAGUAUAUGAAAGAAUACACUAGAUGGUACCCCGAUAGUGACCGCAACCUAUUCGACAGAACCGCAAAUGCCUGGAUUCGAGUCAGUAACGAGAGGAACGGCCACCCAGAUGAAUGUCUUCUAUCCAUGGAUGAGCUGCUUAGAACACUGAUUAUGUUUGGCGAGAUGGAUACCCUUUUUUGUCUCGCAGCACACCCGGAAAUUCGAUUGCGGGACAUGUGGGCGCAGGGCAACAAUUUCCAUUUCGAUUUGGGUGGCCUUGGACCUAGUGAGCUGAAAGAGGCUGCAUUGUUGGCUUAUAUCUGUCUCAAUGUCUUCUAUCUUAAGCCGGAGCUAUAUGAUCCUGCGAUGCGGGAACAGAUGCUCAAGGAGAGAGCCAAGAGAAAUGAAAAGACGUGGUCACCAGAAUUGUAUGAUUACCGACUGACUGCCGCGUACCAACAGAUGCUGGUAUAUACUACUGGGACGGGAUACCCUUACCCUCACUUCGGUGCGCAUAAGAUCCCACACCGCGAAUUCUAUGGCGUGCCUUUCGGCAUGUACACUUCGCAGGUUGCCUGGUACUCCAACAUCAAUCUACAUCUUACCCAGAAAUAUGGCACACUUCCUCUCCAAGAUCUAGUCGACAAAGACUUCCCCCAGAAGUAUGUCCCGAGCAAAGGCGAUAUGCCCAAGGUCCAUGACAUCUUCCGCGCCCUCAAACUCCCGACAGAAAUCACUCUCGCAAUCCUCGACUUCGCAGAUUACACGCCCAGAGGCAGACUCAACACCCAUGCCGAUCCUCUGCAUAUCGAUAAUGCUUCUGAAUUGAAGAAGUACCUCGCGUAUUGUUGGAAACUGCUCAUCAGGGUCGAUAUGCUGAUGAAAGCUGCUGGCACGCACCUUGACUGGGAGCACGAGGCCACAGAAGCUAUUUACAAGCUGUUUGGAGUUCCAUAUCCUCAGAUGUCCAAGGAACAUAAUAGGCCGCAAGAGGAUGAACAGUACUAUCCCUACGAGUACGCAAAAGGGAAGAAACGGGAAUUCGUCUGAGAUCCUGGUCGGCCCGUCGGAAGUAUAGCUGUAACGAUAGGGCCCUGGUGGAAGGAUCGAGAACAAUCGCCGAUUAAGCAGCGUGUUCAUGAAGCUUGACUCGUAUCAUUCGCUCAUCGAAUAGAGAACCGCAGCCUGGUAGUCCUGCAGUCGUGUUCCUGCGCUACCUUCAGUCCCAUCGUUACCGGGUUUGUGAA